AUGGAUUCCGAUUACAAGGCCCGCAAAGAGGCCUUCGUCUCGAACCUCACAGGGAGCAGCAUCCAAGACAUCAAUUUGGUCGCACUUGUCGCAUCGACCGCCGUCCUUCUCUGGUCCGCUCUCCAAUCGCGCUUGUCCUACUUCACGCCCUACGGUCCCGCCGGCUUAUUGACAGAUUUCAUCCUCAAUGUAUUGGGAAUAUUAUUCGCUACUACGGCCUACUCCUCUGCGCCACUACUUUUAAACAUAUUUCUCGUCACCCCCGCCGUCCUCCUCUUUCUCACACAACCUGCUCUUCGUUCCACGCAGAAGGCCAAACCACCUCGCAAACAAACAAGCAAAAAUGCCGCCUCACAAGACUCGGCGGAGUCGCUGCCAAUUCACCCUUUCUUAACGACUUAUCGAGCGGCGAUGAUGAUCGUGACCUGUGUUGCAAUUCUCGCAGUUGAUUUUCCCAUUUUCCCGCGUCGCUUUGGAAAGGUUGAGAAUUGGGGUACAUCUCUGAUGGACCUGGGUGUGGGUUCAUUCGUCUUCUCUGCGGGGGUGGUGUCUGCGCGUUCAGUCAUUAAGAGUCGAGCUUCCGCGUCCCCAAAGGCUGCUUUGGUACCGAGACUGCUCGGCUCCGUGCGACACUCCGUUCCUCUACUUGUGCUAGGUCUGAUUCGACUAUGGAGCGUGAAGGGUCUGGAUUACGCGGAGCAUGUCACCGAAUAUGGUGUGCACUGGAACUUUUUCUUCACAUUGGGGUUUCUUCCGCCGUUCGUGGAGCUCUUUGACUCUUUGGCCGCAUUGAUUCCAGCUUAUGAGGCGCUGGCUCUCGGAAUCAUGGUACUUUACCAAGUAGUCCUUGAGUCAACCGAGCUCAAGAGCUAUAUCCUCAUCUCCCCCCGCGGGCCAGACCUACUGUCCAAGAAUCGCGAGGGUAUAUUCUCGUUCCUUGGAUAUCUGGCCAUUUUCCUUGCAGGUCGUGGUAUUGGAACUCGUAUCAUUCCUCGCGGAACAGCAUCCAAAUCGCCCCAGCAGGCGCGCAAAUCUGUUCUUAUUAGCCUCGGCUUGCAAGUGAUCUUCUGGUCAACUCUCUUCUUUUUCAACUCAUAUUACGCGUUUGGAUACGGUGCUAAUAUUCAGGUAUCGCGCCGUCUCGCAAACAUGCCAUAUGUGCUCUGGGUCGCAGCUUUCAAUAGCGCUCAACUUCUUUUGUUCUGCCUGAUUGAAACUGUCUUCUUCCCUACAGUCUACAAAAUGACUGGUAAAGAAGGCGAAGAGGAGCGAACAUCAUUCGCAACCAGUCGCAUUCUUCAUGCAUUCAACCGUGGAGGCCUGGCUGUCUUCUUGAUUGCCAAUUUGCUGACUGGUGCGGUCAACCUGAGCAUCCCAACCUUGGACGUCAACACGCCACAGGCCAUGGUUAUUCUGGUGGUUUAUUCAGCGAUUCUGACUGGUGUUGCACUUGGAAUGGACAAGGCCAACAUCAAGUUGCGUCUGUAA